AUGGUUUGGAGAUUAGCGAGUAUACCUCCUCUACGGAAUAUUCGCUUCACCCCUGUUUUUGAAGAAAAUCUAAGCAACUUAAUGAAUCUCCUUACAAACCAAACAAUUCAGGAUGACCAAAAAUUAAUGCCCUAUUGGUUUCUUUGGAGAAUAUGGAAAGCUAGAAACCAUUUUGUCUUCAACAAAGGCCGAGAGAGUGCUUCCAAGACAGUUUUGAAGGCACAAGCUGAAACAACACAAUGGAUUAUAGCCACUACACCUCACAAGCGCAGAGACACCAUGCCCAGUCACAACACAUCUCCACCUCCAUCUCUCCGGUGUUGGACAGCCCCGUCGUUUCCAUACAUUAAAUGCAAUUUUGAUGCUGGUUUUGAUAUUCACACUCAACAAGCUACAGCGGGCUGGAUUAUUAGAGAUCAUCAUGGACUAUCUAAACAUUGGGGUUCACUGCAAUUAGGCUACGCUGCUUCUCCUCUAGAAGCCGAAACAAAAGCUUUAAUAGCGGCUAUGCAACAAACCUGGGUUCGCGGCUACAAAACGAUUUCCUUUGAAGGGGAUUGUGAAAUCUUAAUACGAACUAUAAACGAGUCAUCACGAAUUGGAACAUUGACAAAUCUCCUGCAAGAUAUCAAAUUUUGGGCAAGGAAGUUCCAACGGACACGGUUCAUUUUCACGAAGAGAGAAGGAAAUAUGGCUGCACAUAAUCUAGCAAAGUUUGGUUGUCUAACUUCUGUGUUUUAUUCUGAUUCUGUAACCCAGCCAUUGUGGCUCUAA